AUGGGCAAGGACCGAGAUCUGCCGUUGGAUCAGAAGAAACGCAAGCUGCGCUUCGACGAUCCCGAGGUAUGCCGCUACCAUCUAGUGGCCUUCUGCCCGAACGAUCUCUUCCCCAACACGCGCUCCGACCUGGGCCCGUGCCCGCGCGUGCACGACGACGCGCUGCGGGAGGAGUUUAUGGCGUCCACUAAGGUCGCGCAGUUCGAGGCGGAGCUGUUAGCUUACCUGGAGCGGCUUAUAGCGGAUCUCGAACGCAAGAUCAAGCGGUGCCACGAGCGGCUGGACAAGGAGCUGCCCGCGGGGCAGGGCGCGGCGGUGCACGCGGAGCGGAUCAGCGCCAUCGGCGCGCAGGUGCAGGCGCUGCUGCGCCAGGCGGAGAUGGAGGGCGAGCAGGGCCUCGUGGACCGCGCACAGGCCACCAUGGGGAAGGUGGACGCACUGAACCGUGAGAAGGAGGCUCUCCUGCGUUCGCCAGUGGCGGACCCAAUCGCUUCCUCCGUUAUUCAAAAGGAGAAGCGCCUGCAGGUGUGUGAGGUGUGUGGAGCCAUGCAGGCCAACACAGACACAGAGAAGCGACUAGCCUCACACCUCGACGGCAAGCAACACCUCGGCUAUGCAAGGAUCCGCGAGACAGCAGAGAUGCUGAGGAAGAAGAGGGAGGAGGAGAGGGAGAAGAGGCGGACGCAGAUGGGGUUGAAUGAUGCAGUCGAGGGUAGGGAGGAGCGGCAGGAGGAAGGGAAGGAGGGCAAGGAAGGCAGCCAAGGGCGACCCGAGGUGAACGGGGAGCAAGGUGUAAGGGGCAAGGGUCACACCACUCUGUUUGUGUUCCUGUAA